AUGGAACGGCCCUUCUCGAAGACCACGUUAGGAUCUUCCGUCGCGGGAAUGUUCGCUUCCGCCAUCCAAGGCAAGACCAUCUUGAUCACAGGGGUGAGCCCGAAAGGACUAGGUGGUACGCUGGCAGACAUCUUAGCAGCCCAGGCGCCGAAAACUCUGGUUCUCGCCAGCCGGACCGCGUCAAAGGUCCAGGAAAUCAUCGACCAGCUACGGAGUCGGUUCCCACACGUCCAUUGUAUUGCAGUCUCGCUGGAUCUAUCGUCGCAGACUUCGUGUCGUGAUGCCGCGGCGGUGAUUUUGAACCAUCCCAACAUCGAGCAGAUCGAUGUUGUCAUCAACAAUGCUGCGAUCAUGAGUCCGCCCACCCGACAGCUGAGCCCGGAAGGCAUCGAGCUCCAGUUCGCCACCAAUCACCUGGGCCAUUUCCUGUUGACCAACCUGAUCAUGCCCAAAAUCAUUGCCGCGGCAAAGAAAAACCGCCCUGGGGCUACACGCAUCGUCAAUGUCUCCUCCCGUGCCAUCGCGUACAGCGGGGUACGUUUCACCGACUACAAUUUCGAGAAACGGCACGAAACCAUGCCCGAGGACGAACAGCCUGGGUAUGCGGCACUUGCGGAGACAGGACGCACCAUCGAUCCACAAGCCACCUAUACUCCUGAAGUUGCGUAUGGACAAUCGAAGACGGCCAACGUCCUGUUUUCCGUGGAAUUGACAGACCGGCUUUACAAGGAACAUGGCAUUCUCAGCUUCGCUGUUCAUCCGGGGGCCCUGAUGACCGAGCUGAUUAGAUACGGUGAUGUCGAAAAGCUGAGUGCGUUACUGGAAAAGUUCAAGUCACUCAUGAAAUCCUUGGAUGAGGGUGCGAGUACGCCCUUGGUCGCUGCGUUUGAUGACCAGCUCGAAGCCCCGCAAGGAGAUGGCACGGGCAUCUACCUGAGCGAUUGUCAACCUGCUUCAGCACCAGCAUGGGCAACCAACAGCCAAUAUGCCAAAGACCUAUGGAAGCUGAGCGAAGAGCUGGUGGGACAGUCCUUCACCGCCUAA